UUGUGAUGGUGGUGGUGAGACUGUAGGAAGAAGUGCUGUUGCUGCUUUAGGGUGAAACAACUUUAUUGAAGAAGGCUGGGUAUUAUAGCAGAGUAGGGUAGUGUAAAAGCAGAGGUGGCAGAGAAGAUGGAUGAGUACGAUAGUGGUGGGCGCGGCAGCGAUAAGGGUUUGGGAGCUGAGGAUGAGGGGAGUACUGCUCCCCUUCCUGAAAGGGUCCAGGUUGGAGGUUCUCCUGCUUAUCGAAUUGAGAGGAAACUGGGGAAAGGAGGAUUUGGGCAAGUGUAUGUAGGUCGUCGAAUAAACCCUCCAAAUCCAAAUGAACGGAAUGGUCCAGGAGCUGUAGAGGUUGCAUUGAAGUUUGAGCAUAGGAGCAGCAAAGGCUGUAACUAUGGACCACCUUAUGAAUGGCAAGUGUACAACGCUCUCGGUGGCAGUCAUGGUAUACCUCGUGUGCAUUUCAAGGGACGGCAAAGUGACUAUUAUAUUAUGGUGAUGGAUAUGCUUGGUCCUAGUUUGUGGGAUGUCUGGAACAACAAUUCCCACACAAUGUCCAUAGAAAUGGUGGCGUGUAUUGCUAUUGAAGCCAUCUCCAUUUUAGAGAAGUUGCACUCUAGAGGAUAUGUGCAUGGGGAUGUAAAGCCGGAGAAUUUUUUGCUUGGUCCACCUGGAACACCUGAUGAGAAAAAACUUUUUCUGGUUGAUCUUGGAUUGGCCACCCGGUGGCGUGACACUUCUACGGGCCUUCAUGUUGAUUAUGAUCAACGACCAGACGUGUUCCGAGGAACUGUCCGCUAUGCCAGUGUACAUGCUCAUCUUGGAAGAACGGGUAGUCGUAGGGAUGAUUUGGAGUCCCUUGCUUAUACUCUCAUUUUUCUUCUCCGAGGCCGGCUUCCUUGGCAAGGGUACCAGGGUGAGAAUAAAGGCUUCCUUGUGUGCAAAAAGAAGAUGGCAACUUCUCCAGAAACUCUUUGUUGCUUCUGUCCUGCACCUUUCAGACAGUUUGUCGAGUAUGUUGUUAAUUUGAAGUUUGAUGAGGAGCCUAAUUAUGCAAAAUAUAUAUCUCUCUUUGAUGGAAUAGUUGGUCCAAAUCCAGAUAUCAGGCCAAUUAAUACUGAAGGUGCUCAGAAGCUUAUAUAUCAAGUAGGACAUAAGAGGGGACGGCUUAUGAUGGACGAUGAUGAUGAUGAGCAACCAACGAAAAAGAUUCGCAUGGGGAUGCCUGCAACACAGUGGAUUAGUGUGUAUAAUGCUCGUAGGCCAAUGAAACAAAGAUAUCACUACAAUGUUGCGGAUGUGAGACUUCCUCAGCAUAUUGAGAAAGGAAAUGAUGAUGGCUUAUUCAUCAGUUGUGUGGCAUCUUGUUCAAACCUGUGGGCCCUAAUUAUGGAUGCAGGGACUGGCUUUAGUGAUCAAGUUUAUGAACUGUCACCUUAUUUCCUUCACAAGGAAUGGAUUAUGGAACAAUGGGAGAAGAACUAUUACAUCAGUGCAAUAGCAGGGGCUAACAAUGGGAGCUCAUUAGUAGUCAUGUCUAAGGGUACUCAAUAUCUGCAGCAGUCUUAUAAAGUUAGUGAAUCUUUUCCAUUUAAGUGGAUCAACAAGAAAUGGAGAGAGGGGUUCUAUGUUACAGCUAUGGCUACUGCAGGAACUAGAUGGGCAAUUGUUAUGUCUCGUGGAGCUGGGUUUUCUGAUCAAGUUGUGGAGUUGGACUUUCUUUAUCCCAGCGAAGGUAUUCACAGGAGGUGGGAUGCUGGCUACCGUAUCACAUCAACUGCCGCAACAUGGGAUCAAGCUGCCUUUGUUCUUAGUGUUCCUAGAAGAAAACCUUCAGAUGAAACCCAGGAGACACUUCGGACUUCUGCAUUUCCCAGUACACAUGUCAAGGAAAAGUGGGCUAAAAAUCUUUAUAUUGCUUCUGUGUGCUACGGGAGAACUGUAUCAUGAGGCAUCAUAGUUUUGUCGGGGGUUCCUUGGAGCUUACAGAGGAUUGACAGCUCUUAAUGGAGUUAUAAGCAAAUGCCAAACUUUUCUCCACUGGAGAACCAGGAUCGCUUUUUUCCUGCUGCCAAUCCGACUCAUUGUGCCUAUUGGAACUUUGAUGUAUGCUUACUCUUACCAUCAACAUAUAGAAUUAUAUGUAACACCUGUGCACUGGGAGGCAAUUGUGUCUAAAUGCUUUAGGCAGUUUUAGAUCUCCAGUGAGUGUAGUUCACGCACUGCUGAAAACUUGUAUAGCAUCAAACAAUAUUUACCUGAAGGUUUAGUGCACAGGCUAUAUGUUCAUUGGUGAUGGUAUAAUGACGCAUGCAGUCAGAUUUUCCAGUGAAGCUGGAUCUUGUCUAUUAACGGUCCAUCUCUCUUUCAGUCCUUGCCCCUGUUGUGUAUUUAUAUAUACUGUAAUUUUUACCCAUGAUUUUGUGAAAUAGGAGAUUGACCUGGAAGCUGGCAUUACUUGGAUGCUGAAAUGAAGAAUUUGUGGUUUAUUCAUUAAUCAUUCAAUUGGUUGGUUCUAUAGCACUUUGGGAAUCUGAAUUUAUAGAGUAAAUACUAUCAUCCAUAUUAAGUGAAUCAUUCAAUCAUGCCUCUUUGUGACCAAAUACAUAUGAAAAAUGCAAUUUACCCUGUUGUGAUUUGAGAAAUGAGCAAAAAAACCCUGUGAAAAAUAAAAUAGCAAAUUACACCCUGUGUUUUGGAAAAAGAAGCAAAUUACCCCCCCUAUCUAAACCAUAGAUAGGGGAGUAAUUUGCUUGAUUUUUUGAAACAUAGGGGGUAAUUUGCUAAGUCUAUUUUCAUAGGGGGUAUUUGCUUAUUUCACAUAUGAAUAUAUCACAGGGGGUUAAAUUGCAUUUAACCCCAUAUUUGUAGGGUCUUUUCUACUUGAAUGUAUCAGUAUUAGUAGAAUUUCCUGAUGUGCUCUCAGUUCUGAUCAUCUAGCAGAUCAUAAUAUGCUGCUGCUUACGCUAAUCCGUUCUGAAAUGUUGUAUUGGCAAAUAGAAUGAGUUUGGAUGUGUAUCAAUGAUUUUCAAGCAGCAGUUUGCUGUGUAUUACUUGUCAUCCACCUUUUGUUCUAUUAACUACCCUAUACGCAUGUUGGACUUUUCUUGCCUAUUUGGCUAGUUUGGGUAUUGUGUUAUUUUUGCAGUAAUUCGACGUUUGAAACUCAUACUGCUUCGUUUUGUACUAUUAGUUGAAUUUUAAUGGUAAACAAAGUUAAGUGCAUGCCCUUGUUCAAGACAGUUAUAUUAUGGGGAUAAAAUGUCUCCUCUUGAAGUAGGAAAAAACUUGCAUGCUGCUAUGUAGCUGAUUGAAUCUCCUUAACCUCUCACAAACAUUGUAGGAGACUGGGAGUUGCUUCAAAGAGCAGAAGCGAGGCUAUUGUCAUGCCCCCAUCCUCAGUUGUAGGAGUUACAGAGAGAAUGAAUUUUGGUUUGUUUCUCUUAGUUUUCCCAUCAAUGCACAGUUUGUAUUUGACUCUGUUUGCUGGCUUCAUCUCAUUCUUGCAGUGAAUUUAUAGAGAACCUGCAAGCCGAUUUUUUCUCCUGAUGUUGUGUGGAGACAAUUGUAGGGAGUAACUACUCUGUUUUCCUGUACUUUCAGGUAACGGCAGUGAGGAUUAUUCCUUGGCCAGUUCAAGGAAGUUGUCGCACGUAUCCCAUGUCCUGGUGUACUCCUGGUUGCGUUGUCUUUUCUCAGGUUGGCUGGAGGGAUCUUAAUACCCUUCAUGCUGGACACCGAGUGGCACCGCAACUUUGCAGGGAGCAAUGAAUGUAGUGUAUAUACAUCAUAAUUUAGGUAUUUAAAAUUUAUAGUACUGAGGGUUUGUGCGACAUGCAAAUGAAUAUUGGGUGUUAAGGAGCUUCUGAUAAUCUUUUCAGUCAAAAUGAUCAAAAUCUACAAGAAUUAAAUA